UGCUUUGGAAGACGAGACGGUUCUUCUCGGUUUUCUCUGCUCUGUGUUUCUCUGGUUAGCUUCCAUGCUAACUUAACCUGCCUACUGCAGUUUGCUCGUUAGCCGCUCAUGUUCAGCUCGAUGUGCAGGAUAGAAAGCAGCAUGUGCAGCUGAAUUUCAUAUUUGGUCAGCUGCAGCAUGACAACUGGGACUUAAUGUGGCUGACUGUCAGAAGUCACUGUCAUGGCAUACGCCAAGUUUUCUGGGGCAAAAAUCACAGUUUCUCCAAUAGACUGGACAUGGAAAACCCUAACAGCGACAGUCCCAGAGUUACUUUGUGAAGACUCUGCAGUUCAAGAACCUACACAAAUUCUCAGCUUUCUGAGGAAACAUAGGUUUAAUGCAGACUAUGAGCUAUCAGCCAGACAAGGAGCAGACACCAUGGCGUACAUCGCUCUACUUGAAGAGAAACUACGACCAGCUCUGUUGCACACUUUCUGGGUGGAUGCAGAAAACUACGCCAAUGUGACACGGCCGUGGUUUGCUUCACGGUCGCCGUUCCCUCUUAACUUUCUGGUCCCCAGUCGCCAUGCCAACACUGCCCUUUCCCGCAUCCUUCUGACCAAAGGGGAGGCACCGCUACACAGAAUCACUGAGGUGGAGGGAAAGAUCUACAGUGAUGCUAAAGAGUGCCUGAAUCUUCUCUCCUACAGACUGGGAUCAGCAAACUACUUCUUUGGCAACUCGCCGACCAGUCUGGACGCCUUUGUGUUCGGUUUUGUGGCUCCACUUUACAAAGCCAGUCUCCCCAGCAGCUCUCUGCAGAGCCACCUCAGACAGCUGGACAACAUCACAUGCUUCUGUGACAACAUCCUCGCAGUCUACUUCAGCUCGGACCACCCUUGUCCUCCUCCACCUGUUCAGGAAACAAUGGAUGCCAACCUCAAGAAACUAACGCAGCUUGUAAAUAAAGAGUCCAACCUGAUAGAGAAGAUGGACGACAACCUCCGCAGCAGCCCUCAGCACAAACCCCACAAACCAGACCCCAAACACAGUCUGGCCAGUGAGAAGAGCUCCACCCCUGCCUAACCGCUCAUCCGUCAACCCUCAUCCAUCUUUAUGAAUGGAGGAGGAACAGCCUCUGGAUGAAAGGUGCAGUUCUGACUUUGACUCAACAUCUUGAAAUCAAGAAACUGUCAUCCAGCUGAACUGUAACUUGAAUGGAAAUAUGACUAUAUUAUUAUAUUAAAAAAAAGACUUUUAUAGCAAGAUAAUGAUGCUAGAAUUCAAAUAUGCUUGACAGCGAUGGAAAAGUGCAUGUGUGAGGUUUUUUAAAAAGGUUGAGCGCAUGUAUGUGGUUAAGUAUGGAAAGCUAUGAAGUGGUGCUUAACGAGAAAGACACAGGAAAGCCAAAAUGAAAUGAAAGGUGACACUGUAUGUCCCCUGAGUGGGCCACUUGUCCAUUUUCCUUCAAAUCUCUACUUCCUUUUGUCUUCUGUGAGGAAUUUCUGUAUCUCUGUUUGAAUUUUCUUGCUUUUCAUCACACUACAGUAAGAAACAUGUCCUCAUGUGCCUCAUAAGUAUUCUGAAGGAGGAUAAGUUAAAGGAUAACUUGGUUACUAAAGUAAAAUGGUGUUUGGCCUCAGCACAUUAUGGCAAGUUUUGUUUAGUUAUCUUAUGUUACUCCAGUUUCUAAAUCUGUGUUUUAUUCCAGACAGUCUCAGAUUGUUUAACAACUUUCGAAGCACACGUCCUUACCCGUAUCCACUGUAAAAAAGUUGUGUAAAUUCUAAUAUCAUUUUAAUCAGUGUAAUGUACAGCAUUGCUUGUAUAGUUGUAAAUAGAGUCAUGAUUAAAAUCAAUGCAAUUUACUCGUGGUUCCCUCUAAAAGAGCCAGUCGGCUUGUUCAUAAUCUUCGCUAGGUACGCCAGGUUAAGGGCCUUAUGCACUGCAUUAACUGUCACAAACCACUGUGUCAUUCACAUCAACUGUGUCUGUUGUUGCCUUGUUUUUCCACAUCCAUUUAUUUCAUUUUUGUUUGUUUGUUUUGUUGUGUUUUUAUUUGCUAUGCCUAUUUAACAGUCACCUUGAUGAAACUGAAGUGUCUGUCUGCUUUGGGAACGUCUCAUUAGCUGCCUUUUAUGGGUUAUUUGUACCAUCUGAAUUUCUGAAAUUGAAAUUAGACUGUGCAAUAAGUUUUUGCUCACAUAUGACUGAACUGUGUUGAUACUUGGGUUCUUGUAACUUCCAAGAAAAAGAAAUACAUGACAUGGUUACAUUCCCUUUAAAGCACACAUUCUGAAACAGAAGCAUUCAUUGGGUGUGUGUGUGUAUGUGUGUGUGUGUGUGUGUGUGUUGAUGGACUAUAAACAGGCUUGCGAGGACCAUAUGUGUGCAGUGUGCCUUCAUGAUCCUCAUGACAGUAAUUAACGUUUUAACAUGUUCAUAAUUUUGCUACUUUGUCAUAAAAUACCUUUAUUUCUUUUGCCGUUGUUCAUUCUCUGUUGGUUACAGCCGUCUUCAUAUUAUUGAAAUACAAACAUGUUAAACAA